CCUAAAUUGUAGUAAGACUAAUGAUUCUCCCCAAAAUCAAUUUCAAAGUAUAAGGGCUCCACGUCUGGUUGCUUUUACGGAAUCACAUACGUCCACGUGUCACAGUGGCCAUCUGGACCGUACUCUGUUCUGGUCUCUCUGAUACUUUUCUUUCCUCUUACUUUCGUCAACCUUUCCACACUUCAGUUUUCGCUUCCCGUUGAAGCAAGUGGGAACCAAAAACCUCCCUUUCCGAUUAGACUCAGCAGAGUAUCGAUCUUAAUCCGGCGAAAAUUCCACCGUAAUUCCGAAUCCGGCGAAGACCCAGAAGCAAUGAAAUCAGAGACUCUAACAUUAGUUCUGGUGUAUCUCGCCGGAAUCAUGGAGCGAGCCGACGAGUCUCUGCUUCCGGGAGUUUACAAAGAGGUAGGAGAGGCUCUACACGUGGACCCCACAGCACUUGGAACACUUACUCUGUUUCGUUCUAUUGUUCAGUCUUGCUGCUACCCUUUAGCCGCUUACUUGUCUUCCCGACAUAACCGAGCACACGUCAUCGCUCUCGGCGCUUUCCUCUGGGCCACGGCCACUUUACUCGUCGCCAUCUCCACCACUUUCUUCCAGGUGGCAGUAUCAAGAGGCUUGAACGGGAUAGGACUAGCCAUCGUGACACCAGCGAUUCAGUCGCUAGUGGCUGACUCAACGGAAGACAGUAACCGUGGCGUGGCGUUUGGAUGGUUAGGAGUCACUUCAAACUUUGGUACCAUACUUGGCAAUCUCUGCUCCAUCCUCUUUGCCUCCAAGUCUUUCAAUGGCGUCGCUGGCUGGAGAGUCGCCUUCCUUUUGGUAGCUUUCAUAAGCGUGAUAGUCGGUGUCUUGGUCCGCCUCUUCGCAAGCGACCCUCAUUACAGCGACAGGAAAGUCACUAAACGUGACAAAGACAAACCUUUCUGGUCAGACAUAGGAGAUCUACUGAGAGAAGCCAAGAUGGUGAUGAAGAUUCCGUCUUUCCAAAUCUUCGUGGCUCAGGGAGUCUCGGGGUCGUUCCCUUGGUCAGCUUUAGCUUUUGCGCCGUUGUGGCUAGAGCUCAUCGGUUUCUCCCACAAAACAACCGCGGUUCUUGUGACUCUCUUCACCAUUUCUUGCUCUGUUGGGCAUUUGUUUGGAGGAUACAUGGGAGAUUAUCUCGCCAAGAAGCUCCCAAACGCCGGUAGGAUACUGCUCUCUCAGAUAAGCUCAGGCUCGGCCAUACCUUUAGCUGCGAUUUUGCUUAUCGGAUUACCUGAUGAUCCCACCACGGCCUUUAGCCACGGCCUGGUUCUUGUCAUCAUGGGAUUGUUCAUCUCAUGGAACGGUUCUGCUACAAACGGUCCGAUAUUUGCAGAGAUUGUUCCUGAGAGAGCGAGGACGAGCAUCUACGCGUUAGACAGAUCAUUCGAAUCGAUAUUAGCUUCUUUUGCUCCUCCUAUUGUGGGAGUGCUUGCUCAGAACGUCUAUGGAUAUAAACCGGUCGCUGAAGGAUCAUCAAGCCUGGUCAAGAUUGAAACAGACAGAGAGAACGCAGCAUCGCUCGCGAAAGCACUCUACUCAGCGAUCGGGAUCCCGAUGCUCCUCUGUUGCACAAUCUACUCGUUCCUGUAUUGCACGUACCCGAGGGACCGAGAUCGAGCCAAGAUGCAUGCCUUGAUCGAGUCAGAGAUGCAACAACUCAGAGAAGAAGAAGAAGACGAGAAGUGUGGGAUUGAGGUUAAGUGUUCAGGAGCUGAGGAACACGAUGAGACUUACCUGCUGAAGCAGCAUCAGAGUGAGGGUGUCAGAUGAUGAUUUGACUUAUUGACAUUUUGCAUUUUUUUUGUGUCCACCGAGUAUAUUAUAGGAAGUUUGGGUCACGAUUAUAAUUUUUGUAAAAGAAAAGCACUCAAGUGCAAUAUACUGGUGGUAGAUAACAUUACAAUUCACAAGAACGUUGUAAACAGGGUAAAAUACUGAUUUUUUUUUUAAGGAAAUAUAUUAAUGAGUUUUGAUUAUAAAGA